GCAUAAAGACAAAAUCUUCAUUUUGAGAUUCCUAUUAUUCUAUAUAAACACUGCAUUGCAAAUUUGCAAUCACAACUACAACUUUGCACUCUACUCCGUGCGUGUAAAUAUGAAGUCUUUAUUAGAAUUGAUCACAUGUCAUGGUUCUUCAUCCACUGAGUCCGAAUCGCGACAGCCAGCUGAGGAAUUCAGAUCGCUGGUGGCAACGCGAGAUCGCCGCUGCGUUGGACGUAAGCGGGGGAAGGUGAUGGGUAUGAGUGAUUGGAGUCCAUCUUUGUCAUCAAUUUCUGAAAACAAUAAAUUGGGCGAGACGAAUAAUCAACCGCGGCCACCAAUCGUAAGGUUUAAUAGAAACCUCAUGAGGAAAGUUGGAUCCAUAGCAAACAAAGAUCAGGACCCUUCUUCACAUCACGAUGAUACCAGGCGAGCUUCAAUUUCAGCAACCAUGCCUGCAUUGUCUCCAACAGCUUUCCUCUUUUGAUUGCUCCUUCUUUGGUUUUUCACCCAGUUCCAAGUAAAUUUUGUACAUGUUGUGUAUGUGUAUAUAUCUUGACGUUAAGUAGAAUAUGGAUUAGCAAAUAAUCUUUUAUUUAAUAAACAUUUAAAUUUUUAAAAGAAGUGCUUCAAUAAAGCUGGA